AAUUAUUGCUAUACUCGAAAACAUGAGAUAAAACAAUAGUAAAAGUGGUAAGAGACUUCGGCCGAACGAAUGUAACCAGCAGUUAAAUGAUGUACAGUAACAGAACUAAACGGCAACGACCUCCGUCGCAAUGUUUAAUUGUCGGAUAAUUAUUGUAAUGAAUGGGCGGCUGUGGUGAUGCCGCCUCAAACGCUACAACAAUCAUUAUCUAUUCACUCGGUGGAUCAAUCCAAGAUAGCACUAGUCUGUGGCGACGCCGGCCGAUCGUACUCUGUUCGUAUGUAGCGCCCUUCUCACAUUUUUAUGCCGCCCGCCUCAUAAACUGCUGCCUCCCUCUCGCACCCGCACUCGCUCGCAUUGUGCGUCCCGCUCGCUCGCACACCUCACAGGGGGGACACGUAGCUCUGCUCGCUCGAAGCCAGUUCCGCGGUCGUCCGCCGACUCCUAGCGGCGCUGACGUGCGUUACGCUCUUACAACAAUUUUGUUUCCACUGUGAAAUCACCAGUGUUAUUUGUUUAUAUUUUAUAACAUAGCCCAUGGAUUGAACUACAUCGCUCUCUGGAUUUGUCGCUAGCUGUGUUGUGUACUGUACGUGUUUGUGUGAGACCCGAGGCGAAUACUAUUGUGAAACGGGUCGGCCGUGUUCGUUUAUGUGCUGAAUGGUGAUUAAAAGUAAUUUACUUUGCUUUUACGGUGUUGAGGGUCGGUGCGUAUCGAUCGUAUAUUGAAAGACAAAGCGGAGGAUUGUUAUUGUGGUGUGGAGGAGACCGCUGCAGCUAUAGGUGUGUCGAGCUCGGAGGCCGCCAGCUAGCGAGGAUUGCCACCGGGAUGCCAGCGUGUCUAGUGAUAGUGCAUUGAGAUCGUGCCGGUACCUAGCGUAGUGUUAGUGUAACUAUAGUGCAUCACAGUGCUGAAUGGAUUGUGUCUCUUUUGGAUUGCCAUCAAGAGUCAUCGAUAGACCAACUCGGGAACGGGCUACAAUGGUGUGUGCGUGUGCGGGGCAGCGGGGGGCGGGCGCGGGCAGCCGGCGCGCAUGGCGGCGCCAAUGAGGGAGGGCGCGCCGGCCGGCGGAGCUCGCCCCGCGCCCCACGCGCACCCCGCCAACUUCGAGUACGAUGACAACGAGUGGGACAUCGGCAUCGGCGACCUCAUCAUAGACCUCGAUGCCGACAUAGAGAAGACAGACGAGGCGGGCGGCAUGGCGGCGCGCGCCGAACCCGACGCACAGCGCACCGCGCUCAAGAUGAAGAUCAAGCGCACGAAGCCUGGCACUAAAAGUUCCGAAGCCAAGCACGAAAUCGUCAAGUCGAACGAAAUGAACGGCGAACCCAAGGCGUCGGUGCCCGCGCAGGCCGCGCCGCCCGCUGCCGCUAAGCGUGGCUCUGGGGGGCACCGGAGAGACAAGGCGCGGGACAAGCACCACCACCCUCACCCGCCGCACGACGUUAACGGCGUGGCCCGCGUGCCACCGCCACCCAAUGCGCCCGGGCCGCCCGCGCCGGCGCCGGCGCACCCGGCUGCCCUGCCAGCGCCCGCGCAGCACGCGCCACACGCCCCUCACGCGCCGCACGCCGCGCCCGCCGCUAAGCCGGAGCCGCGGCCCGCGCCUGCGCCCCGACUAGAGAAUAAGCCCCCCGCGCCAGCGCCCCCAGCGCCCACGGCGCCCACGCCCGCGCCUGCGCCGGCGCCGGCGCCCGCGCAGCUCCCGGCGCACACACAUCAUACCUCGCAUGCGCCGCAUGCACCCUCGACACCUUCCAAACCUGAACCUGACGACUCGCGGCAAGAGACACACAGCUCGCAGCCGCCAACCAAGAAACAAAAAACUGAACCCAAGGAAACUGCAGAAGUAUGCGUGGGGACGUCGGUCGGCACGAUCACGGAGCCAGACUGCCUGGGCCCCUGCGAGCCUGGUACCUCGGUCACGCUGGAGGGCAUCGUGUGGCAUGAGACGGAAGGUGGUGUACUCGUAGUGAAUGUGACGUGGCGAGGGAAGACUUACGUCGGUACCCUGCUGGACUGCACGCGACACGACUGGGCGCCACCGCGGUUUUGCGACUCUCCUACGGAGGAGUUGGAUGCACGGACGCCCAAAGGUCGUGCAAAACGAGGUCGCGGCGCAGCGCCGACUGACAUGACUAACUUUACGGAGACAAGGUCCUCGGUACAUAGUAAACUACGGAAUGGCGGCGCAAAGGGUAGAAGAGCACUGCCUUCUCCAACACCCUUUACGCCUCCGAGACCUGACUCAAAAAGAAAACGCACUUCGGAAGCGGAGGAGCGACCUCCCACGCCGAAGGCUAAACGUCCGCCUCCCACACCGUCUUCCCCUCCACCAGAUCCCGUCCUCCUUGAAUGUCCAGAGCCAAACUGUUCAAAGAAGUACAAGCACGCGAAUGGACUCAAGUACCACCGGUCCCACGCCCACGGCUCUCCAGACGACGACGACAAGGACGGCUCCAGCUCUGAGCUGGAGGAGCCGGCCACGGAGCCCGCGUCGCCGGCGCGGCCGCCGUCCGCGCCCGCCACGCCUGCCACGCCCGUGAAGUCGCCGACACCGGUCAAAUCACCCGACGCUAAGGUAGACAAGUCGCCGGAGAAGUCCCCAGAGAAGCCCGAAGUGGACGCGGAGUCGCCGCAGCAGCCCCGGUUCGCCGAGGAGUUCAUCACGGCCUCGGAGCCGCCCGCCGCCGUGGACCGGCCGCAGACUCCGCCGCAGCCACCUGCCACGCCGCCCGAUGCGUUACCCACAAUGCAACCUACACAGUUUAAGGUGAAGCCUCGGUCAGCGCUAAUGGCGGAGGAGCGGAAGUCGACAGAGUCCCCUGCGGAGGAGUCCCCGGGCAAGCGGCGGGCGCGGCGGUCUCCGACGCCGGGCGUGCGGUCGCCGGCCUACUCCGACAUCUCGGACGACGCCGCGCCGGCCGACGCACCGCCGGACGACCCGGCGCACCGACCCUUCCCAGUCUAUCAUCAGUUCUAUGGGCAGCCGUCGUACAUGCCGCCCUCGCACCCUCCUCCCGUGCCUCCUCAGUCCUCGGACAAAGGCAAGGAUGAUCUCUCCAAAGGAGACCCCAAGGGUGACAUGAAAGACGGCAAACCAGACAACGGACCUCAAAAAGUGUUACCGCAACACUUCUACCCUUACAACUAUGUUCCAAACUUUCCGUACAACGUGGAACCUGGUGGGCCACCUCCAGGGCCUCCGUUAGACGACAAGAGCAAAGACAGCGACCGGUCGAAGACCACCCCGAGCCCACUAGACAAGAACAAGCAACAACGCCCGCCCGACGGCAAGGAAAACCCCGCGCGGCCCAACGAUAACCAUCAGAUACUGAAGGAAAGCAUCGAAAUGAAGGCACAGAUGGGACCCUACGCCUUCCAGAGACCACCACACGCGAGAGAAGAAGAAUUGAGAAGGUAUUACAUGAGUUUAGAUCAGAGAAGAAAAGAGGGAGGCAAUGACCCGAAGCCCCCCGGGCUGGCGGCGGGGGCCAGCGGAGCCCCGGCCGUUUUAGGGGGCCUAUAGCCUUCCCGAUAAAUGCACCCACACAAACAGCCUGCCAAGGACAAAGACGAUAAGCCCAAGGAGGAGGUCAAGACGGAGCCACUGCCGGCUGAGCUGCACUACCCAGCCUAUGGCAGAGACCGAUACCCUAAGGUGAAACAAGAAGGCCAGAAGCCGACGACAGAGACGCAGGGCCCGCCGCCCCCUCCCACCUCACAAUACUACCUCCCGCCGUACAUGCAGCCCCCUCACUACGGGGCGCUACCCUUCGACCCCGUGUAUCGAGCACCACUGAGCCCCAUGCUCCAUAGUUUCGGAGGUGGAUGGACAGUACCACGGUACCACGCGCCCGAGGACCUCUCCAGGCCCGGCGGUGCGGGGAAACUGGACCUCAUGCCAGGAGUCGGCGGCCCUGGCAGUGGACACGGUCCCAACUUCGCGUAUGGUGGUGCUCCACACAAAAUACAUGAAUUACAAGAGCACGCCAAGUCCCCGGCCAGCAAGCCCCGCGCGGACGCGCCGAAGGAGCCGGCGCCGUCCCCGCGCUCCCCCCGCUCGCCGCCCCCGCAGCGCCACGUGCACACGCACCACCACACGCACGUCGGCCUCGGGUACCCGCUCUACCCGCCGCCAUACCCUGCCGCGGCCGUGCUGGCCAGCACGCAGGCCGUAGUCAACUCCUUCCCGACGCCGCCCAAGUGAGGCGCGCGCCCCCGUCACGUGUAGUGAGCUGUGACUGAGCUGUGACAGCGCGCCCCCGCGCCCCUGCGCCCGCGCCCGCGCCCCGGGGCUCGCGAGACCGCGCGGACUGACUGUGACAUUGUGACGAUCGAACUUCGAUAAAAAAGAAAACUGUAACUCUAUGCCAGUAGCCAUAAUUUAAACACUGUGAUCUCGCGUAACCCACAAAUUGUGUAUGUGAUGUGCGCUUUGAAUGUUAUAGAAUGUGUCCGGACCGAUAGUUACCUAUAUAGUUGAGAGUGUUGUGUCGAAGACUCCCCGAUGGAUGUUGUGACGUGUCGCGGCGCGAGGACCUGGCGCCGCGCCUCCUGUUUAUAUGUUACUAGUGGAAGCACAAACUAGUUCUGUACAUAUUAGUGUUAUGUGUAAAGUACCCUACGAUUGUUAGUGUUCCAUAAGGGUUAUGUAAUAUAAACAUCGAAUUUUCCGAUUCUCCCUCUGGGCAUUGUACUGAUGUUUGAAGCCCCCGUGUCUAAAUUUAUAUCAUUGCGAAUACAGCCUAGUAAGAUCUUUAUUUAUGAUAUCUGCAUUCCACAAAACGAAAGCGAGUGUAUCUAGGUUUAAAGUAUAAUGAUAGUUAAGUUUUAAGUAAUUUAGUGUAAGUUUAAAGGCGUCAAUGUGAUCAUUACAAUAUGAGUCGUAGCGUGCACAAAUCGUACUGUCUCGAUAUAGUGAACAAUGACUUACAUUAUAUAACUAGUAGAGCAUCCUAUAGAUUCGUCGAGUGUUUCAACAUCGAUGUGCGUGUAUGUAUGUCAGGCUUUUAAUCAUAACUAUAAAAUGUCAUAGUCCGAUAUUUGUCAAUACAAGGGAUUAGGGUUUCAGUACUGCACAUUAGUUAAGAGCUGCAUCCUCCUGUGUCCGACGACUGUAAUAUUAUUUCCAAGCAUUUAACGUACCAUUGACUUCCUAUUAGAUUGUCUCAGGGAAUAUAAUCUAUUGUUUCGUAGUCUUCCAAUUGGUUAACGUGGGAAUACCUCGAUUGUGUUGAUGCAUCUAUUUUGUAUUUUAUAUAAACUGAGGAGAUGUUGUGUUUGGUUUGUGAGACUCGACUGAGGGAGACCCUGUCGGUUGCAUUUCAACUCGAGUAGAGAAAACAUUUAUAAACACGUUGUAGAGAAUUACAUAAAAUAUUUGUAGUGAUAUGGUAUUAUUUUCAUGACAUUUUUAGUCAAUGUACGCGCGUACCUGUUUCAUAUUAAAUUAACAAAAACAAUAUUUUGUAAAAAUGCGGGGCCUAACCUAAGUUUAUAUGGUAUAAGCGAAUAAGUCUGCGACAAGGAAUUUCAGGAAACCAGUGACUUUUGAUCUUAUCUUGUUAUUAAAUACUGCUUCAAAGCAAAUGCCUACUUAACUGUUUAUAAUUUGAUUGGAUAGAUCGAAAUAGGAACUAGGAAAGGUGAUUGCGUUGUUUCAACAUUAAUUGAUACUUAAUUGGGCGGAAAGCAAAAAUAUUUUAGUUGUAAAAUUCAGUUGAACAUCAUAAUCAACUUUACCUAGGAAGAGUUCUUUAGUAUUUGCAGAUAUUUCUAAGAAAUUAUUUGAUAAAAAAUAUAUUUUCAUUAAAGUAGACAAAGAAAUGUUGCAUAUUGGAAAAUUUAAAAGCAAUUUUAUCUUAUAAAUUGGGCGAUGAUGCGAUAAUGUGACAAUGUGAAGGCUAUGUAACUCUGUGAGCGAGCACUAGGUGGUCGGAGUGUUGCCUGCGUGCAAGCACUGGCGCGAUGACUACAUCGUGAUACUUAGCUGUGAUUAAAGGCUAUUUUGGAAUAACAGAGCGGUUCCAAACAAUGGCGUCCUGUUGACUAGCCAUUAGUUCUGUUAUGGGGCUCUUGCACUUACUAUCACCGCCCAAGUGUUCAAAUUAGGGGCUUUGUGGCAGUAUGUGGUACCACAUGAUGAUCACAUAUAGGAUUUUAAUAGUAAAUAACGCGGGCAAUUGACGAUUGAGCGCGGGCCACGCCGGAGUGCAUAGCAUGUAUAGAGCGCGUGCUGCCCGGGCCCAUGAGAUCUCAAGCGAGCGCUCGGUACAUUGUCCACGGACGCAUAGACUGAUCGAUCUUUUGUUUGUAACCCCGUUUGACCACGGACUUAAUUACGCUUUCAUUCAUGUACCAACCGCGACUUGGUGCAAACUUGAUCAUUGUAUUUAUAAUGUAUCAAUAUUAUAUAAAUGAACAUUUGUGUAUUUUUUUUUGAUGUAACUAAAGCCAAGUUUGAUUUUACUUAGAAAAGAAUUCGAGACGUUGAAAAAGGAAUAAUAAAGAUAAAUUAUUUCUUAAAAAA